AUGCCUGCUAUUGCAGCAAUGGUGAAACAUUUGAAAUGGAAUCAUGUGAUGGUUGUGCAUGGUACUGAUGACUACAGUAAAAAUGUUCUGCAUACAUUUAUCAGCUUAACAACAAUGAGUGAUGACUUCUGCAUAGUCUCUGCCCAGGAAUAUCACACUGCACCUCAAACAGGAAACAGUGACAUUGAUAGACAAACUGUUACAAAAAAUCAGCAGCUUUAUGGGUCUAUGUUGUCUGUCCUAAAGCUGCAGCUUCCCGUAGUGGUUCUUAUGAGUUUCUCCGACUAUUACUCUUUUUUGAAAGAUUUCCAUACGUAUCUACACUCUGGAAACCUGUCACAUGUUAUUGAUAGCAAGCAAAAGAAGAAUAAAUUCAUUUUUUCUGACCUUCUAACGCAUGAAGAUUUAUCCUUAAUAAAUGAAACUUCUUUUGAUGUCUACUCUGUGACAUUAUUACCUGAUUAUGUGCCAGCAUUUGAGGACUACUGGGAAAAUAGAAAAGCUCAUGUGAAGAAUUUGUCACAGACACGCACACAGAAGGACAGAUGGCUUUUCCAGUACCUUCAGCAGAUACAUAAUACAACAGAGGACUCACUACAUAUUGCAUUACGAACAAGAGCUGUACUUUCUUCCAGCUACACAGUCCUUGUAUUUGCUCAAGCUCUAGAACAGGCCUGGAAAUCUGCAUGUUUCAAUAAAAAUGACGACUUCUGCCCAGAAAUGAUGGAUCUUGGAAGAAAUGUGUUCUUGGAAAAUUAUUUUGAGCCAGUCCUAAAGAACUCUGCAGUGUUCAAUCAAAGUGAAACUGAGGAAGAACAAAGAAAGUUUCACACAUUUGUGCUUGUGAAGUACCAGAAUUCCUUACAGAAAAAUGAUUCUGUUGAGUUAACCAAGGUCAUGUUGUUCAACUCAGCCAGUGGUGCACAUUUAGUAAAUGAAGAGAUUCUGCCUAACUUAAUUGUUGCUUGUCCUGUGGAUGAGAAUGGUGAACAAGACUGCAGUAUAUGUUCUCAAAUCAGACUUGACCGUGGAGACUCAGGGAGACACUACAGUGUUUAUGCUCAAAAUGUACACAAGGUGGAGGCAAGGAAACUUGUGACUCAGACGUAUAUGGAAGAGAAAGACUAUACAAUACUUCUCAAGUCACAGAAUAAUAUGUAUAUUGCAUUUGUACUUCCUGUUCAUAAUGGCACUGAUGCUGAUUCACUUAUUCAAUGCAGACAGGAUGCACCAGUUGAUACUGAGGCAGUGAGACAACUAGAAGCAUUUCUGUGGGCACUACAAAAAGUUAAUGGUAAUUUGAAAAAGACUUUAGGCGGAAAUAUUGAAAUAGGAGCCAUUUUAUUGGAUACCUGCAAUUCACGGGUGAGAAUGAUGACAUUAGCUGCAGGAUUAGAAACUUUUUCAAAUAAGAUCACUGGUCAACAUAGUCAUAAAGUAAUAGCAGCCAUCAAUGGAUUAAGAUCACCUGAUGGAAAAGUGUUGGAUGAAAUUUUAUCUUCACUUAAUAUAACAUCCAUAUCCGUCAGCCAGUCAUCUACUUUCAAAACUGUGGACACAAACAGAGGAGCUUUCAUACUACAGCACAAAAUUUCCUGGGUGCUUUGGCUUAAUCUUUACACUGUUUUUACAAAGCCUUUGCUCUCCUACUAUAGUCAUCACGAAACUUCUUUCUCUCUUUUACACAUUUACUACUCAUUAAUGUUAAUUUCUCCAUUUGAGUUUCUCCAACAGAACUAUAUGAUCUACAUAACCAAAGAUUAUGAAGGAACAUGGCAGCUCUUUAGCAUGUACAGUUAUUCACCAAAUAACCAACCAUGUGUUUAUAUUGACUUGAAAACAAUGGUUGCUCCUGAAUUAACAGCACUAACAACAGCAGUUAUGAAAAUGCUUGAACAUUUUGGAUGGACAUAUAUAAGUGUUGUGUAUUCUGAAGCAAAAGAAGAGUAUGAAUUUAUGUUUCAACACCUUCAGAAAACUGCAGCUCAGUCUGGAGUGUGUUUUGCUCUUGAAGAAGGCUUAAAAACUACAGAGCAAUUCCCUACUUCAUAUACAGCUUCAAUUAUUGCUUUCAGCGCAGGCAUCUACUUAAUGCUGAUUGAUUUGCCAAACAUCUUGUCAUUAUCAGGUGAACAGAUUAAGUCUGGAUGUAGCUGUGUUCUGAAUCUUUGCUGCCAAAACAUGACUGAAGUGUCCAACUUGGUGAGGCUCCUUGUGGAAUCACGUGCAUCUGGUGCCAGAGGUGUCCUACUGCUCCUCUCUCCAAAUGACCUGCAAUUAUUAAUGCAAAGUGUUGGACAAGCCCUGGGACAUGGAACACUUAGACGAGAAGACCUUUUUUGGCUUGUUGUUAAUGUUGACGGAGAAGCACAACACAUUCUAGAACAAUACAGAAAUUUUCUUAGUGGAGUCCUGACAUUUGGUCCACAGAAGAGACCAGUAAGAGAAUUUCUGCAACAUUUGUGGCAACUGCAACUAGGAAGCAGAAGAUCUGAAAAGAAUCCAUGGCUCCAUAAAUAUUAUCAGAAGGUAUCUCACUGUAAUGAUGCAAAAUGUAAACAUUUGGUUGAAGUAGGCAGCUACACUGACUUCAAUGUGAUACAAGCUGUGUAUGCAAUUGGGAAAGCAUUUCAAAAUAUGGCAAAUGACAUGUGUUUUGUCAUGUUUAAUUCUACAUGCAUGGAAAAUAUAGAGAGGUCACCAUUGACUUUAAACCAAUAUCUCAGAUCAACAACUUCUGAAAGAGCAGAUGGUAUUCAUAGCAGCUUGUUUCAGUUCAAUGAAAAUGGAGGAGGAAAUGUUCCUAUUGAAAUAUUUAAUCUUAAAAGAAGUAUCCAUGAAUGGAGUCAUACAUCUGCUGAUGUUCACUAUGAAAGGGUAGCAUUAUUCUCGAACAGUUCACUUAACCUGUUGGAUGACGUAUACACAUACAGAGAUAUGGGAAGCGAGGUUGUAGUUUCGUCACUGACAUCACAGUGUGCAACAAGAACUAGCUGUUCACAAUGCAGAGGUCAUCAUCGCAAACUGGAAACAGCAGAAUGGGUGAGAACGAUAGCACUGAGGCAACAGGAAAAGACAAAAAACACAAAAUUUUAUGUUGCUGCAGCAUUUGAUAUACAUGAAGCAUCAAUAAACCCCAUGGAAUGUGGAUCAGAAUUACAUGAGAAAGGCAUUGAACAGUUAGAGGCCUUCUUAUGGGCCAUUGAACAAGUGAAUAAGAACAGCACAUAUAUAAAUCUUGCUGCUGUUUCAUUGGAUUCAUGUGGAAGCCCUGUGAAGGCUGCUCAAGAUAUAGCAGAUCUCUUAACCCUUCACACGUCUCUGAACAGAAAUGGAGCUUCCCAGAACAGUGCAGUUGCUUUUAUUGUUGGCGGAGGGACAAAUUUAGUAUCAGCUGUAAUGGAUUCAGUAAAUUACUUGAAGAUUCCAGUGUUUGCUUCAGAGGCCAGGGGCCCACUGCCUCACAGAAAGAAAUAUGCUCCAUAUCCACUCCAGCUGGCACCAACCAGCAAAGCUUAUGCAGCAGCUGUGCUAGCACUUCUUCAAAAUUUGAGUUGGAGUUGCUUUUCUGUUAUAUACCUACAGGAUGGAAUAGAAUAUGAAGACAGUUACAGGCUAUUUGUAGACUAUGCAUCAGUUUAUGAAAAUGGAUUGAAUAUGACCAUCAGUCUUCCAGUUCCACUUCAGUACACUGCUGGAAUAAUUAGAGAAUACCUUAAGGAAAUUGCAACAGUCCAUACAAGUGGAAACAAGAUAGUUGUGCUGCUGCUCCCCAAUGAAGUGGUGGAGCUACUUUUACGAGUUUUGCAGGCAAUGGAAGAUGAGAGUCAGAUAGCUGUUGGAGCUCUCACAUUCAUAGUGCUGGGAGCAGAGAAAGCAUUGAACACUUACAGUGAACAGGCUCUCGGAACUCUUGUCAUAAGACCUGCAGCAUCACAUGUCUUGGAAUUUGAAACUUACUUCAGACAUCAUAAUCUUAGCACAAAUACACAUAACCCCUGGUUUGCUCAAUUCUGGUCAACAGUAUUUCACUGUAGGGGUGCAAACUGCCACAAUAAACUAUAUAAAGACCUUCAGAGUUAUCAUUUUAAAGCGAGCACUUCAGUAGCCAAUACCAUCAACUCUGUCCUUUCCAUUGCUCAUGCCCUUGGAGCAGUGGCAAGAGAGCUGUGUCCAGAAACAAUACUCUCCGGACAGCACUGCUCAGCAAUGCAGGAUAUUGACAGAGUGCGACAUCGCCUAUUUGAAGUUGCUCCACAUAUGGCCUUUGUUGGAGCUGGGCUAAAUACAGUAGCAUUUUCAAAGAUGGGUGAAAAUACACAUGCUGAAACUGAGGUUUUAAGCUUUCAGCGAAAUAAUAAUGGACACUACAUCUUGGUACCAGUUGGCCGCAUUGAUGCCAAAGGAAAUGUGAAAGUUAAUGAAACGAGUAUAAAGUUAUAUUCCAUGAAAAGACGUGAUGAAGUCAGUGUAUACAAAAUACAAAGUCCUUGUGAAAUAGUGCAUGAUGGAAUUAACACUGUUUAUAAACCCAUUCUCAAAAAGGUUCCGGCAAAUAAAAACCUAUCUAUCUUAGGAAUCAUCCCUCUACAUGAGGAAGGAGAAGGCCAGUUUAACUGUGGGAAGCUCCAGUUAAAUGCAGCACUUCAUGCAGGUGCUAUAUUGUAUAAGCUGGAACAAAUCAACAACAAUGCAUCACUUCUUCCUGGAAAUGUUUUGGGAGUGACUAUAGUUGAUAGCUGCUUCCAACCUUCAUAUGUCUAUGGAACAGCUUUUAAUACUGUGACUAAAUCAGUUGGUGAUUUUUGGACAGACAACAAACUUGGCACUGCAUCCAAUAGAGGAUCAGACAUCAUUGCAGCUAUUACAAAUGAUGUCCAGUCUUCUGAAAACAUACAAUCUCUUUUGAAAUCAAAUGGGAUUACUCACAUUACUGUCCCCAUGGACAAGUAUACUUUGGAGGGCAUAGACCUCCACAAUGCAAAGUUCUGGGAAGAAGUUUUGCAGCACAAAGAUGCAGCCGAAGCUAUGCUUUCUGCAGCCAUGGCUAUGCGUUCUCAUUCUGUUGUCAUUGUUAGAGAGGCUGAAGAAUGGGCAGAGACUGCAUCAGAACACAUUCAGAACCAUGAUUGGAUAAAAGAGGGCGUUCUGUGCCUUUCAGGAGUAUAUUCACUUUACAACAGAAACACAGAGGGCUUAGUUGGUGCAAUAAGCUCCUCAAAUAUGAUGGUAACAGAAGAAAUAACAAAAAAACUGAGACCAGGAACAACAAUAAUAUUGUUGUUGCAAGACCCGAGAGAGGUUCAGUCAUUCUUAAAUGUAUGCCACACAAUUGAUGGACUGAUAUUUAUGACAGUUAUACAGAAUAAUCAGAAACAAAUACAAGCAGGUUUCCACAACAUUGUUACACUUAAACCUCUACUUCACCAAACUGUAGAGGAAAGUGAGAUUCAGAAUUUCAAGGAGUGGCUAAAACAAAGAUUUAUUGGAUAUGGCCCAAAUGCAAUGUACUCAAUGCCCAAACCAUGGGUAGAUGAGCUUAAAGAAUCAUAUGGAUCUCUCAUCAUAGGAGAUCAGCUGAACAUCUCUUCUCCCAGCAUAUGGGAUACAAUGGAAAGUGUAUCAAUUAUUGCAACUGCAAUGAAUAAUGUAUUGGAAAACCACUGCAGUAACAUCUCUGGCACAGUAUCUUUGGAGAAGUGCGGGAUUGACUACAAUGAUAUAUUUAGAUUAUUAGAAGAAGAAGUUUUAAGUGCCAUUCACAACAACUGUGAACUCAGAGGUUUCAGUCUAUGGAAUGGCCAUCACUACAUUGGAACAUGGAACAAUAAUUCUGGUUUUAAAUUAAUCAGCCCUGUAAACUUUUCUACUUUGUUAUCAGAUUGUACAUCUGUUCAAUGCUCAGUAUGCAUGGAAGAGACAGAAUUGGAAAAGUCUUUCCAUGAACAGCCUACAGUUUACCAUAAUUUUCAAUACACAUGGCCAAUAGCCAUAGGAGGUAUGACACUACUAGGCAUUAUAGCAACAGUUUUGAUUUCAUUGUAUUUUCUUGGAUUCUCAUCUCCAUUCAGUGCUACUGUGGCAUGUCAUACAUCAGCCUUAGAUUACUUUAUGCUUUUGGGCAUACUGCUGCUGUUUACAUCUAACUUUACAUUCAUACUUUCCCCCACAUCAGCUGUUUGUGGAUUAAGAAGAAUUUUCCCAGGAUUUUCCUACACAAUAAUUUUCUCUGCGAUGCUCCUCAAGGCAUCAUCAAUAUGGAGAGAAAACACUAGGAAGAAGUUCACAGAAGACUGGCUCUUCUGUUCGUCAGGACUUAUAAUUAUGGCAGUUAUUUUAACAGUAAUACAGGUCAUAUUGUCUGGAGUCUGGUUGCUGCUUAUUCCACCUCAACCAUACCUGACUACAGAGACAGGCAUCAACUUUUGGAAAUGUUAUCCAAGUGGCAACUUUCAUGCACACCUGUUAAUAUCAUUGAUAUAUGUUAUACUACUCCUCAUAAUGGCAGCUGUUGUGUCCUUAAUUAGUUGCUUCAGUUUCAGAAAAGAAAGCUGCAGUGAAGAUGAGAGAUCUAAGGAAGCAAGAGGUAUACUAGCAGCUUCAAUUUUAACAGCUGCUGUAUUUACCUUCUGGGGCAUAAGUACAAUAACAGCAGUUUCUCCACAAAAUUCUGAUCUUGCAACAGCAACUGCUCAUUUGAUUUCAGCUUAUCUUCUGCUUCUAAGCCUUGAAUUAUCUAAAUUUUUACCAUAUAUGCAUGAUGACUCCAUAUCAUCAGGACCUUCAAACAUCAGGACUGUUUAUGAUAUUUCAGAUUUUCAUCCCACUUCUAUAAAAGGUCUGCCAGGCUUCUGUUCUGCUGCUCCAACUGUUCAGUUAGAUUCUACACAACAAGAUGAUGAUAUACUGGAUGACCCUUCACAGAUUAUACCCAGUUCACUAUAUUCACUUGAUAUGUUCAGCACAACAGAGAACAGACAAUUGGAAGAUGAUGAUGAAGAACAAGGUGAACACUGUGAACCAGGAACAAAUGAAUUUAUGCCACCAGCCAGUGGCAUUCGAGGAGUUGAAGACAGGCUGUCUAUCCAAGAAACAUUGUCCUACAUGUGAUUAAUACUAUCUGCAAGCAGCUAACAACAAAGAGAAAGCAAUGUUUUUGAGAUAUUGGCAAGAUCCAUAAAAAAGGUUAUGGUUCAUCUGCAGUCUUCUAUGAAUGACAAAUAAAGUCAUAAGAUCAAAAACCAUAAACAAAACUGUUAGUUUGUCAUAGACAAGGAGUCAAAGUGAUUCUGUUGUUGUCAUUUCCUUGUAGGAGGAUGUAUAUGGCUAUAGUGACCUGCAUUCCACAAAUAUACAAAAUAGAAUAAAAAUUCACUAUCAUCUUUUGUAGUACAACAGUUCAGAAAUGAAC